GCGCCCUGACUCUCGACGCAGUCUGAACGCAGCCAUUCAUAGGUAACACCGAUUGGCUGGCUUGGUUUUGCACGGCUGAUUUCAGUGUCCUAGUCACACGCGAUUGUUAUCUAACUGGUCGCUAGUCGUCCCUCUAUACGCCUUACCUUUGAACCAAAAGGAUUUGCUUUUAAACGAGGAACAGUUUGGCUUCCAGUAGCAGCGAUGAGAAUUCUAAGUGCCGUCUUGGUUCUGGCGUUAGCCGCCACUUUCGUAGUCUCGCAAGAUGGUAAGAAAAUAUGUUUACUAAAUAUGCUUUGACUUUUUCGUGAUAUACAUAAUAUUCUUCAUUAUUGUGCUAAUGCAUUUAUAUUUAUAUUCAUAUUUUGCUCAGCGUAAACAAUCGUGCUAUAGUUAUUCAUGUAUGCUAGGCGCGAUAACUUUUGCGCGCAUUGUUCUUGAGCGCACCGUGAAUUGAUUUAUUGAAAUGCAAAAAUGCGCUUUAAUGUGUGCUGUGCUAUGAAUUUUCGCUGUUGCAUAUUAUAGCGCCCGUUCUUGAAAAAUUUGUGUGCUGAGAAUGUGUGAGUAUGUGCGCAUAUAUCGGCGGGUAUAUCGUAUUAUAUAUUCAUUAUAUGUAAUGUAAUGGGAUAUUUAAAGUUUACACGUUAUUACACGAGACAUAUUAACAUAGUUUUACUGUAUAAUAUAUUGCAAUCAUACUCUUUAUAUUUUCUUUGUUCUUUGUGAAAUCGAGAUACAAUAAUUGAUACAUUAUAUAAAUUGCGUGCCUGUUUGUGGCACCGUAAGUUUGCGCAAACCCAUAUCCUUUACUCAUGAAUGCGUCCUUGUUGCGAUAUUGCGGACGUGUCCUUUCACCGGUCGUAAGUGAAGUUGCUUCGAAAUGUUUGAAUUAUGUACUGCGUAAUACUCGCAAUAAUGCAUAUUCACUUUACAGACACUGUUCAUUCAUUAAAUUAGGUUAAAAGCUUAUUGAACACUGCUAUGUUCUUAAUAUUUUAAUUAUUAUAGUUGUGUCUCCCCAUACUGUUUAUAGUUCCGAUACCGGCAUUAUAUGCUUUGGUAUAUAAUUCCGAUAUCGCAUUAUUGGCCCACUUUAGAGUCAUUUUAAUUAAACAGUGGGCGAAAAUAUUUCUGUUAUUAAAACAUAGACUGUACUAAAAAAUAUAAAUUUUCCCUAAUUAAAAAUAAAAAUAACUUUGUGGGUGUUAAUAAAAAUUACAUAUCCAGAUAUCCUACAGACUACUCACAGAGGAUAUUAAAUAUUUGAGUAUGACAGAAAAAGCCAUACUUUAUUAUAGAGGCUGUCCCAAAAAAUGUAACAGCUGGGUUUCAGAUUUUUGUACAUGCAGAUAAUUAGCAACUUCGUUUAAGUUUCAGGUAGAUGUGAUUAUUCAAAUUGACUCGACAGAAUUUUUUCAAAUAGUCGAUAUAUAAUCAGCGUGACAAGACUGUCUCAAAAGCAGCGAAAUGCGCAAUACUUUAUUCAUAGAAGAUUAAAAAGUCAUACAUGAAACUAUUUUUCAUGUUAUUAGUACGAGGUUUUGGUAAACAAAGACCAGUUGAAAUGUCCCGAAGGUGAUAGUUUGUUUUCACAUUUAUAUGAAAAUAGAUUUGUGAAAAUUCAAUCGAAAAUUCAAUCCAAGAGAUUAAGAUUAUAUUAAAAUUGAUAUAGCAGAACCAAUGGCAAUGUUAUGGUUGUUUUUAAAAGUAAGGGACAGUCAAACAUUUUCAUACUUAACACAACUGAUGCAUGAUUUCAUUGGUACUUUGCCUGAACGGUAAACCAGACAACAAUUCAGAGUUCAAUAUAAUUCUGAAAACUUGGUCGACAAUAUGUGUUUUGUUAGGUCGUUUCAAUGGUCGUUUCAGAUAAAACGCUUGGUCGCAACGCGCUAACCAAACGGAUAUGAUCGGACACUAUCAAGAGAAAAGAACUGACAGUACUUUGCAUUAUGAUAAUUAUAUUCACUCAAUAUAACAAUUCAUUUGUAAAUUUACCUCAACUAUAUCACGAAGUUGGAGGGAAAUUCAAUGGACAAAUCAUAAUUUAUAUAGUAUGCUCUAACCAAUACUCAAUAGAUUAUUAAGAGAUCGCGUUUUGCUUUUGCAAGAAUGAGGGGAGAAAUUAUUCAAAUUAAUGUGGCAAAAUGAUUGGUCAUAAUGUUGGUGAGCCCAGGAUUAAUUUUUUUAUUAAAAUUAAGAAACGUUCCUCAAAUGGCAGACACUAAACCCUUACAAAUGUGAUUGGAGAUAUCAGAGUUAUAACCAGAGACAUUUCCGGAUUUAUUGAAGCGUGGCGUGAAUUGAGAGUCUUGCGUGCGUUUUGUAGCAUGAUGUAGCAGAGUGUAACAUGACCUAUAGAGCGUAGACUAACGAAAUUCAAUACUUCUACAAAGCAUACAGAAGUGUACCAAAAACGCUGCUGCUGCAUACGAAUACACAUAAAAUAAAAUUGCAUUCAAAUAUAAACAACAGCGACCGUUUGUGAUAUAAAAAGCAAAAUUCCAAAUAUGUGUGGGCAUGAUUAUUUUGCGCGCAUGUAUAUCAAAAAUAAAGAUUCUCUGACUUACACUUAUAAUCUUAAUAGGAAAAUUAUGAUAAAAAUAUAUAUUUUUAUUGAUCAUUAAAUAUGAAGGCUUAUCUUACAGACUUGCACAUAUUUUUAUAGCCACCGUGUAUCAGUAUAGCCACUACUAUGGGUGCUGGACCACAGAAACAUUUUUUGCAUAUUUGCGCUUAAUUGCGGUGCAUAUAGCAAUGCAUUGGUUUUACUCCUAAAAGGGCAUAAUUUUUUCCUAAAUUCUAUUCCGAACAUUGCUCUUGCAAUAGCACAGUGAAUAUGAUGUAUAUACCGACAUAAAGUUGACUAUGAUUAGUAGAUGUUUAAUUACCAAGGAAAAUUGUUAACACAGCGAGCGGGCAUUGAUGAAUUGCAGAAGAAUUUUUUUUUAACUGUGUUUGCUAUUUACUCUUCAUUGCUUUAUGCAUGUAUAGAUCUAAUUGCAAUACGUCACAUUCUGUAAUACGCAAUACGCACAUUCUGUAGUAUAUUUGCAAUACGCACAUUAUGUACCACUAUUUAUACUAGUGAUCUAGUAUACAACAGAAUUGAAGUUAGCUUCUUGAACAUAUGUACCCCCUAUGUAGGUUUCUAUGAAAUAAACUCGAACGGUGUGCUACCGUAGGUAUAGUGACAAUAUAAACAGCAGAAAGCUGCGGAUUGAGAGGGAUUAAACUACCUGAAAAAUACAAGCAAACUUCGUCGGGAAGUUACGGUAGACGAAGGUCCUUCGCUCGAAACGUCGAAGUUUUGCCUGUAUAUUUUUCAGGUAGUUGAACCCUCUCAAUCCGCAGCUUUCAGAUUUCUCAUGAAGUUCAAUAUAUUAAGGCUUACUUACGUGCGUGUAAAUGAAUGAGACAAAUUUUUCUACAACUUGCAAUGCAAAUCCUCUCGCAACGCACAGCUGUGUAUAGCUGGCGGUUAUACAGUAAAACUAAGGGAUUGGGAAUUUGUGGUACGGGCAGGAAUUAGUUUGGGAGGCGAGUCCAUGGAUGACAACGCACUCUAAAACACUCUGGUUAAAAAUUCCUAGAAAUAACACUAUUUGGAUUAACUUAAUAUUCCUGGUUAGAUUUCCUGGAUCUCACUUCCUACCAUAGUCUGGUUACAAUGCAACUACCAGGAAUCUGGUUAUACUGAUUUUAACCAGGGUGUACUUGUUAAAAUAAUGUGUACUGUACCCAGGGGCAAGUAUUUCAAAGCUGGAUAAGCACUAAGCCUGGGUUAAAAAGGAACCUGCUGUUUUGGUUUAGUGUAUUUCUGCAUGUCUGUAUAUUUCGAAACUGUAGAGAAUGAAAACUUCUGUUGAUCCAGAAAAGAUUUUUUGAAAAAUAUUUAUAAAAUGGAAAAAUAUUUAUUAUUUGAAAAAAGAAAUUAUAAGUUUGUAAAACCGUUGUUGGAAAGUUGUGAAGUUCUUUCUUGAACCAGGAUUAAGCUAACCGGCUUUCGAACAACCAGCUCCAGUAAACUGUACUGUACUGUACUGUACUGUACUGUACUGUACUGUCAAGUGUUGUAUUAUAAUAAUUAUCAUUUUGUAUCUUAUAAUUUAUUUUUUUCUUUUAAGCAAAGGGAAAUAAAGGAGCCAAAGGUGUACCGGUAUGCCAUUAUUAAUAUUACCUACCAUGCAGUAAUAAGACAAUUAAACUCACAACAUUGUAUAAAUCUAUAUGUGUACAUGAAAUGUGCUUUUUUUGUAUUUUUUUAAUUUGUUUUUAAUCAUGCAUCUUUGUUUCAUUUAGGGACCUGGCGGUUUCCCAGGAUCUUCAGGACCACCAGGGGGACAAGGGGGUCGGGUGAGUGGUUAAUCUGAUGCUUUCACUGUCUUGUGUGGUUGGUUACUCUGAGUUUUUAGACCACAUGCAAGCAUCCCAAGCUCACAUGUGGUUGAGGUAUAUUUGUAUU